ACAAAGUGAAGCGUGACAGUGCUGCUGCCACUCAGAGUCAAAGAGUUUGUUUACCUGCAGGAAUGUUACUGGAAAAUGCCCAUUAGCCUCCUGAGCAGUGCGACUUUCCAGUGCCGGUGCCYCAAUCGUGCUCCCAGACUGUUCUAGACCAGCCGCAGGCGCGGACUGGGGGCGACCAGCCAGCAUGAAUUCGACGCUGGUGGAAACCGUCAGUAUCAACUAUGAGGACUUCAGCGAGAGCUUCCUCACCUGUGGGACCUGCCUGUGCAUGUACAAUGGGAACGAGCACACGCCCAAGCUGCUGCAGUGCUCGCACACGGUGUGCCUGCACUGUCUCACGCGCAUCGCUGCCUCCCAGACGCGCGACACUGGCACCUUCCGCUGCCCGAUCUGCCGCGAACUGAUCACCAUCCCCCGGGGGGGCGUUAGCGCGCUCCCGCCCUCCUUCCUGGUCAACCAGCUGCUCGACUUGAUGUCGCGGCAACGCCGCGAGGUGAUCCCCAAAUGCUCCGUCCACAUCAACCAAGAGCUGCUGUUCUGCGAGACGUGCGACACUGUCUUCUGCACGCUGUGCACGGGGGGCACGCACAACGACAGCACAAACAGCUGCGAGCACACCAUCAUCCCCUUCUCCAUUGCCAUCAAGCGCAUGUCCGAGAUCCUGCUCUACAAGGCGAACGAGUGCAUCUCCAAGCUGACGCAGGCGCAAGAGGGCGUCACCGCCGAGCUGGACAAGCUGACGGCGGCGCGCGACGCUUGCCUGGAGCACAUCAGCGACACCUUCCGGAUGAUCCAGGAAACCGUCGAGAGACGACGACAGGAGAUGGGCGAGCAGGUGGCGCAGAUGUGCGCGGAAAAGAGACGGGUGCUCGAGGAGCAGCACGCGCUGAUCGAGAGCGAAAAGAACAAGGUGGAGCAGGAGUGCCAAGGGCUGCAGUACCAGGUGGAGGUGCGCAGCAUCACGCAGAAAAUCGAGAUCCUCUCCGAGAAGCUGGACGCGGCCUUCAGUUUGGGGGAGCCGAGGGAGAACGCGUUCCUCACCAGCGAUUUCGCCAUGAACGACAGUCUGGACCAGAUCCAGCAGCAUCUGGGCGUUUUGGGCAAGGUGCGCACCUCCACCACAUUCCCCAGCCUCUGCUGCGCCCAGAUCGAGGACAGCGUCAUCGCGGGCAUCGAGACCUGCGUGACGCUCACCACGGUGGACUACCAUGGCAACGCGCGCAAAACGGGGGGCGACCCCAUCAGGGCGGAGGCGCUUGCGCCCACCGCCCAAGAGGAGCCGCUUGCGGUGCGCGUGCACGACUGCGACGACGGAACCUACCGGAUCCUCUUCAGGCCGCCGACGGCGGGCCGCUAUUGGCUGAAAAUCUUCGUGAUCGACCGCCCGAUCAAGGACACGCCCAUCCAACUGCAGGCCUCCGAGCACAACAACCCGGUGGCCACCUAUGGGAGCAAGGGCAGCGGCAAGGACGAGUUCAACCAGCCAGUGGCGGUGGCCGUGGACGAAAAGGACCAGCUGGUCUACGUGCUCGACACCGGCAACUCGCGCGUCAAGGUGCUGAGCGCCCAGCUCGAGUUCCUCAAGCACGUGACCAACGAGGCGCUCUUGGGGCGCAGCUGUACCGGCCUGGCGAUCUCCUCGCGCGGCCUGCUGGUGGUGAACUGGCGCUCCAAGGCGGUGACGGAGAUCACGACGGACGGCGAAACGUUGCGCUCCUUCACCCACCAAACGUUCCAGGAGCCGAUCGACGUGGCCGUGGAGAGGAGCUACGGGCACAUUUUGGUGGCCGAUAACGGCAUCAGUGGCGUGCUGGUCUUCGACGAGGAGGGCAAGCUCCUGUUCCAGGUGGGCAAACGCGGCACCUUCUCCAUGAUUUCGUCGGUGGCCGUCGGCCCCACGGGGGAGAUCUUCAUUGCCGACUCGCGGGUGCAGAUGUUCUCGCCCAAGGGCGACUUUGUGGGCGUGGUGUUCGACGAAGGGCGCGUGAGCCUGGGCGGCAUUGUGGUGGACGGCGAGGGGCGCAUCGUGGCCAGCCGCACGGAGCCCAAGGGGCGCACGUUCCUGCAGGUGUUGAGCGCCCACGACCCCGCCGUCAACCAGCACAUUGACUCGCACGACUCCAAGCUGAAGCGCCCCGCCGGCUGCGCCGUCACUGGGGACCUCCACGUGAUCGUGGUCGAUCUGGGCAACAACUGCAUCAAGAAGUAUCGCUACUGGUGAUCUCCAGCUCGCUCUCUCUUCCACGUACUUAACUCCAGCUGCGCGUCCUGUACAAAACACCCAUUUCUAGUCAACUAGUCUGUAUUUUUAUAUAUAUAUAUGUGUAUGUAUUAGUGCCAUAUUAAACUGAACGCGAAUCUCCCUCGAUCGCCCAAGCCUUGAA